AUGGCCUUGCCUGACGGCGGCUGGGGCCUGCCGAAGCGCUUCGGGGCCGCGGCUACGGACUCCCGCGACUCCGGAAACUUUGCAGCAAGAGAACCCUCUACGCCACCUUCCCCCAUCUCUUCCUCGUCCUCCUCCUGCUGCUCCCGAGGCGGGGAACCCGGCCUCGGUGGCGCCAGCAACUGCAGGACUUCUCAGCUCGACACGGAGGGCGGCCGGGAGCACCAGUACAGCUCGCUGUCCGCGGCGCGGCCUCUGAACGGGACGUACCACCAUCACCACCACCACCCGAGCCCUUACUCCCCCUACGUGGCGCCGCUGACACCUGCCUGGCCCGCAGGACCCUUCGAGACCCCGGUGCUGCACAGCCUGCAGAGCCGCGCGGGAGCACCGCUCCCGGUACCGCGGGGCCCCAGCGCAGACCUGCUGGAGGACCUGCCCGAGAGCCGCGAGUGCGUGAACUGCGGCUCCAUCCAGACGCCGCUGUGGCGGCCCUCGUCACGGCGGCUCGGAUUGUCUUGUGCCAACUGUCAUACCACAACUACCACUUUAUGGCGCAGAAAUGCUGAGGGAGAACCCGUGUGCAAUGCUUGUGGACUCUACAUGAAACUCCAUGGGGUGCCUCGACCACUUGCCAUGAAAAAAGAGGGAAUCCAAACCAGGAAACGAAAACCUAAGAACAUAAAUAAGUCAAAAACCUGCUCCGGUAAUAGCAAUAAUUCUGUUCCUAUGACUCCAACGUCCACCUCUUCUAACUCAGAUGAUUGCAGCAAAAAUACUUCCCCUACAACACAACCGACAGCCUCAGGGGCGGGUGCCCCGGUGAUGUCUGGCGCAGGAGAAAGCACCAACCCGGAGAACAGUGAGCUCAAGUAUUCAGGACAAGAUGGGCUCUACAUAGGCGUCAGUCUGGCCUCGCCGUCUGAAGUCACGUCCUCUGUGCGACAGGAUUCCUGGUGCGCUCUGGCCUUGGCUUGAGCCCAUGCUGCCAGGAGGCGGGAGGGCCCCACCACCAACCUCGCACCACUUGUGUCUGAUUUUGUCCAGCAGUCCAGACAGUGAGACUGUGCUGACAGAACAUUCCUCCGACGCGUGAUUUCCGUGCCUUUAUUUUGAAAGAGAUGUAUUUCCCAAGAGGCUUGCUGAAGAGUAAGAGAAGAUGGAGCUCCUGGGGGCAGGGCCUGUGUGGCCAGCAAGUCGCCUCCUCCCUCUGCGGGUCACCUCCAGCCAGCCUGCUUCUGGGUCAGCCACUGUGCUGUGUCCAGAAACAAGGACUGGGACCGUGGCCUUGCCUGCUAAGGAAUCUUGAGAGAGAUUUAAGACAAACGAUUUUAUGUGUAUUGCCCCAAAUCAUGUGCUUCUGAUUGAUCAUGGUUAUUCCAGAAUUUCUGCAUACCUUUUCCAUAUCUAGAUUUCACAUGCGUUCAUGGAGAAGAUCACUCGAGGCCAUUGGGUACAUGUCUCUGGAGGCUAAGUCUGUUCAUGAAGUCUUUUGUCAAAAAUAUUACUCAGUUUGCAAGACUGCAUUGUAACUUUAACGUACACUGUGACUGGCGUUGCUCAAACUCCAUGUUGUGUGACUGACCUGAAGUCAGUCGGAAUUUGUAAACAGGGUAGCAAACAAGAUAUUUUUCUUCCAUGUAUACAAUAAUUUUUUUAAAAAAGUGCAAUUUGCGUUGCAGCAAUCAGUGUUAAAUCAUUUGCAUAAGAUUUAACAGCAUUUUUUAUAAUGAAUGUAAACAUUUUAACUUAAUGGUACUUAAAAUAAUUUAAAAAGAAAAAAUGUUAACUUAGACAUUCUUAUGCUUCUUUUACAACUGCAUCCCAUUUCUAUAUUCCCAAUUGUUAAAGAAAGAUAUUUCAAGAACAAAUCUUCUCUCAGGAAAAUUGCCUUUCUCCAUUUGUUAAGAAUUUUUAUACAAGAGCACCAGUAUACCCCCUUCGUUUUACUGUGGAAUAUGUGCUGGAAAAAUUGCAACAAAACUUUACUACCUAACGGAUAGCAUUUGUAAAUACUUUAGGCAUCUGUAAACACUCUGAUGGAGUCUGUAUAGUGUGACUGACCCACGGGCUGGUUGGUUUACAUUAUUAUUUUUUUUAAUGGGAUGUCAUAUGGAAACCUAUUUCAACAGAGUUUUAAAAAAAAAUAAAAAGGGUAUUGUUUUGUCUUCUGUA